UUCCAGAUCUCAUUCAAACUCUCUGCAUCGACAUGAAGCUCACCAUUCCCUAUUUCUCCACGUCUUGACAUUGGUGGGGCAAGAGUUGGGUGAGCUUGGUCAGCUUUCCCAGCGGAAAUCUAGCUGCACAUGUUGUCAACGAAAAACGAGGAAAUUAUUUGCCAUCCACCUCUUUGGUCGGAAAGUUCGUCGUUCUUUGAUGCCAUCGGACAACCGGAAAGUUUGACGAUAUGAUGAGGAGGAUUGCCGCAAAGAUGGGUCGAGUGACCGGCCACAAGUCCUUCUAGGCGGGGUACAGUCCCGAUUUUCCGCACUAUUUGAAGUGCAUAGCCCGAACGCAUCGUUCUUCACACGCAGCUCAACCCGUAAAGCAACAGGUCAACGAGAAGCGGCCAGCAGACAUUGCUUGAGAAGUCGCAUACCCUCAAGAUGACGACAUUACCGAAAAAGAGGCUCAUCGGCCUUUCAACCAAAAUGUACUUCCCGCUCCAUCGCACACUCGACUUCAUCGCCACAGUCCAGACACAACUAGCCGCUCUGUCUCCAACAUCUCUAGAGAACGUCGACAUCUUCAUCAUCCCCGAUUUCAUCUCCAUCCACCCCGUCAGUGAAGCCCUCAAGAACUCAGCCGUACCAAUCCGGUUGGGUGCACAAGACUGCCACUGGGACAACUUUGGGGCCUUUACGGGCGAGGUCAGCCCGGCUGUCCUGCGCGAGACGGGCGUUUCAAUCGUCGAGGUCGGGCACGCGGAGAGAAGAAGAAUCUUUGGUGAGACCGACGAGGUCGUGGCCAAGAAAGCCGCAGCGGCGAGCAGGAAUGGAAUGGCGCCUUUGAUAUGCAUCGGCGAAAAGACAAAGGGAGACUUGAGCGUCGCACUGGGAGAAUGUCAAGUCCAGAUUGACCAGUCCUUGGCAGGGGUGCCUGAGUCGGCGGAAGUCAUCAUCGCGUAUGAGCCCGUCUGGGCGAUUGGCGCAAGCGAGCCGGCCAGCGAGGGCCACGUUAUUGAGGUGGUCAAGGGGAUCAGAGCCUUUGAGAGCGUUACGAGGAGAACGGGUACGACAAGAGUUAUCUACGGCGGCAGUGCUGGACCGGGCCUAUUCGAGAAGCUCGGCGAGGCCGUCGAUGGGCUGUUUCUUGGGCGGUUCGGGCAUGAUGUGCCAAGAUUCCUCACCACCGUAUCAGAAGUGGCUUCUUUCAAGGCUUAGACUCAUUCAUCUCGAAAGCUAGACAUACGAUAGACAUUGCGA